AUGGCCUCCACCAACGGCGCCGGCCUCUCCGCCGACGAAAAACUGCACCUCAUCCACAACAACCUGCAAGAAGUCCUCAACCCCGAAAUCAUCGAAGAGAUCGUGCGCAAAAAUGAACGGCCCCUGCGCAUCUACCUGGGCACCGCGACGACCGGCAAACCGCACUGCGGCUACUUCGUCGGCAUGCUCAAAAUCUCCGAGUUCCUCGCCGCCGGCUGCGAAGUCACCAUCCUGCUCGCCGAUGUCCACGGCUUCCUCGACAACCUCAAAGCCCCCAUCGAGCUCGUUGAGGAGCGGGUCAAGUACUACCGAUUCGCCAUUACCGAGCAACUCAGAGCCGUAGGCGUGGAUUUGACCAGGUUGAAAUUCGUCACGGGCUCCGAUUACCAGACGAAAGGCGAGACGGGCGCAAAGUACUUUAUGGAUCUCCUGCGCCUCAGCACCAGCGUCAGUGCACACGAUGCGAGCAAAGCCGGGAGUGAAGUCGUCAAGCAAGUCGAGUCGCCACCCCUCAGCUCCCAGAUCUACCCCUUGAUGCAAGCGCUCGACGAGGAGUACCUGGGCGUCGACGCGCAAUUCGGCGGCUUGGACCAAAGGAAGAUCUUCACCCUGGCCGCCGAAGUCCUCCCGCGCAUUGGAUUCAAGAAGCGAGCGCAUCUCAUGAACCCCCUCGUCCCGGGCCUGCAGGAAGGCGGCAAGAUGAGCUCAUCAGACCCCGACUCCAAAAUCGACCUCAUAGAUCCCCCAGAGGUAGUGAGGAAGAAGGUGAAGAAGGCCUUUUGCCCCCUGAGACAAGUCGAGGGGAACGGCAUCCUGGCAUUCGUGGAAUAUGUGCUGCUCCCAGCGUCCGCACUCAAGAACAACGGCACCCCGAAAUUCGUCGUGCCCCGACCAGACGCCGAGCCCCUGGAAUACAGCUCCAGCGCAGAGAUGCGGAAAGACUACGAGGCCGAUAUCCUGCACCCGAAAAUUUUGAAGGACGCGUUCUCAGAAGCGUUGCUAGAGCUCUUGGCGCCGAUUAGGAAGGCCUACGAGGCGAGUGCCGAGUGGCAGGAGGUGGAGAAGAAAGCCUACCCGCCUCCGCCUACAGAGGACAAGAAGAAGCCCAAGAAGCCGAAGAAUCUAGGGACGAGAUUCCCCGGGCACAAAGCUACUGGCGCUGUCGAGGCCAAGCCGGAUGGACAUGUUGAGGGCCCGGGUGCGCAGGAGGUCAGCGUGGGGAAGAGUCCGGAGGAGGCGAUGAAGAGGCUGAGCAUGGGGAGUAAAGGGCAUGCGAGGCAGGGGAGUAAAGGAUAG